CGGCUCCGCGCGGCGGCCUGUCCCGUUUCCGCUCCGGCCUCUCGGCAUGAGUGUCCGUCCGGGCCCGGGGCCGCGGCUGCCCCCGUCCCGCCGCCCGCGGGCGCGCUUGGCGCCCUCGGGCCCGCGGUGCUGAUCCCGGCUCUCCGCCACGCCGCCCCCCACCCCGAGCGCUCUAUGUCCCGGGGGCGCGGCCAUGGAGGUGGUGGGCGACUUCGAGUACAGCAAGCGGGACCUCGUGGGACACGGGGCCUUCGCCGUGGUCUUCCGGGGGCGGCACCGCCAGAAAACGGAUUGGGAAGUAGCUAUUAAAAGUAUUAAUAAAAAGAACUUGUCAAAAUCACAAAUUCUGCUUGGAAAGGAAAUAAAAAUCUUAAAGGAACUCCAGCAUGAAAACAUUGUGGCGCUCUAUGAUGUCCAGGAAUUACCCAACUCUGUCUAUCUGGUGAUGGAGUAUUGCAAUGGUGGCGACCUGGCAGAUUAUUUGCAAGCUAAAGGAACUCUCAGUGAAGAUACUAUCAGAGUGUUUCUUCAUCAAAUUGCAGCAGCCAUGCGAAUCCUGCACAGCAAAGGAAUAAUCCACAGGGAUCUCAAACCACAAAAUAUCUUGUUGUCUUACGCCAAUAGAAGAAAGUCAAAUGUCAGUGGUAUUCGUAUUAAAAUAGCUGAUUUUGGGUUUGCACGUUACCUACAUAGUAACACAAUGGCAGCGACACUGUGUGGAUCCCCAAUGUACAUGGCUCCUGAGGUAAUUAUGUCUCAACAUUAUGACGCUAAGGCAGAUUUAUGGAGCAUAGGAACAGUGAUCUAUCAAUGCCUAGUUGGAAAACCACCUUUUCAGGCUAAUAGUCCUCAAGACCUAAGGAUGUUUUAUGAAAAAAACAGGAGCUUAAUGCCUAGUAUUCCCAGAGAAACAUCACCUUACUUGGCUAAUCUCCUUUUGGGUUUGCUUCAGAGAAAUCAAAAGGAUAGAAUGGACUUUGAAGCAUUUUUCAGCCAUCCUUUUCUUGAGCAAGUUCCAGUUAAAAAAUCUUGCCCAGUCCCAGUGCCUGUGUAUGCUGGCCCUGUCCCUGGAAGCUCCUGUAGCAGCUCACCAUCUUGUCGCUUUGCCUCUCCACCGAGUGUUCAAAGGGGUGACAAGGGAAUGUAUGUGCGACACAAAGAAAGAAGACAGUGGACUAGGGAGAUUUGCCACAGGUUCCAGCAAGAGACCUUGUUUCAAAACAACAAGUCCCUUCCAGAUAUGCAGCAUAUUCAGGAAGAAAACUUAUCCUCCCCACCAUUGGCUCCUCCUAACUAUCUACAGGUGUCCAAAGACUCUGCCAGUAAUAGUAGCAAGAACUCUUCUUGUGACACGGAUGACUUUGUUUUGGUUCCACACAACAUCUCGUCAGACCACUCAUAUGAUAUGCCGAUGGGGACUGCAGCCAAACGCGCUUCAAAUGAAUUCUUCAUGUGUGGAGGGCAGUGUCAAACUACUGUGUCGCCUCACAGUGAAACAGCCCCAAUUCCAGUUCCUACUCAAGUAAGGAAUUAUCAGCGCAUAGAGCAGAAUCUUAUAUCCACUGCUAGCUCUGGCACAAAUCCACAUGGUUCUCCAAGAUCUGCAGUGGUACGAAGGUCUAACACCAGCCCCAUGGGCUUCCUCCGUGUCGGGUCCUGCUCCCCUGCACCAGCAGACACGGUGCAGACAGGAGGGCGAAGACUCUCAAUAGGCUCCUCUAGGCCUUACUCACCAUCUCCUUUGGUUGGUACCAUUCCUGAGCAGUUUAGUCAGUGCUGCUGUGGGCAUCCUCAAGGCCAUGAAGCCAGGAGUAGACACUCUUCAGGUUCUCCAGUGCCACAGACCCAGGCACCACAGUCACUCCUACUGGGCGCUAGACUGCAGAGUGCACCUACUCUCACCGAUAUCUAUCAGAACAAGCAGAAGCUCAGAAAGCAGCACUCUGACCCCGUGUGUCCAUCUCACACUGGGCCUGGGUACAGUUUCUCGCCUCAGCCUAGUCGGCCUGGCAGCCUUGGGACCUCUCCCACCAAGCAUGUGGGGUCCUCUCCACGGAGUUCUGACUGGUUCUUUAAAACUCCUUUACCAACAAUCAUUGGCUCUCCUACCAAGACUACAGCUCCUUUCAAAAUCCCUAAAACACAAGCAUCUUCUAACCUGUUAGCCUUGGUUACUCGUCAUGGGCCUGCUGAAAGUCAAUCCAGAGAUGGAAAUGACCCUCGGGAAUGUUCCCAUUGCCUCUUAGUACAAGGAAGCGAGAGGCAUCGAUCUGAACAGCAGAGCAAGGCAGUGUUUGGCAGAUCUGUCAGUACUGGGAAGUUAUCAGACCAACAAGUAAAGACACCUUUAGGUGGAUACCAGGGCAGCACGGAUAGUUUAAAUACAGAGCGGCCAAUGGACAUAGCUCCUGCAGGAGCCUGUGGUGUUGUGCUGGCAUUGCCAGCAGGAGCAGCAGCAAGCGCCAGGGCUGUCCUCUUCACGGUGGGGUCUCCUCCACACAGUGCCACAGCCCCUACUUGUACACAUAUGGUCCUCCGAACAAGAACCACCUCAGUGGGGUCCAGCAGCUCAGGAGGCUCCUUGUGCUCUGCGAGUGGCCGAGUGUAUGUGGGCUCCCCACCUGGGCCAGGGUUGGGCUCCUCCCCACCAGGAGCAGACGCAGCUCCCAGCCUAAGAUACGUGCCUUAUGGUGCUUCACCACCCAGCCUAGAGGGUCUCAUCACCUUUGAAGCUCCUGAACUACCAGAGGAGACACUGAUGGAGCAGGAACACACAGACACCUUACGCCAUCUGAACGUGAUGUUAAUGUUUACUGAGUGUGUGCUGGACCUGACAGCAGUGAGGGGUGGGAACCCUGAGCUGUGCACAUCUGCUGUGUCCUUGUACCAGAUUCAAGAGAGUGUAGUUGUGGACCAGAUCAGCCAGCUAAGCAAAGACUGGGGGCGGGUGGAGCAGCUGGUGUUGUACAUGAAAGCAGCACAGCUGCUGGCAGCUUCCCUGCAUCUCGCCAAAGCUCAGAUCAAGUCUGGGAAGCUGAGCCCAUCCACAGCUGUGAAACAAGUGGUUAAAAAUCUGAAUGAACGAUAUAAAUUCUGCAUCACCAUGUGCAAGAAACUUACAGAAAAGCUGAAUCGCUUCUUCUCCGAUAAACAGAGAUUUAUUGACGAAAUCAACAGUGUGACUGCAGAGAAACUCAUCUAUAAUUGUGCUGUGGAAAUGGUUCAAUCUGCAGCCCUGGAUGAGAUGUUUCAACAGACAGAAGACAUUGUUUAUCGCUACCACAAGGCAGCCCUUCUUUUGGAAGGCCUAAGUAAGAUCCUGCAGGACCCUACAGAUGUUGAAAAUGUGCAUAAAUAUAAGUGUAGCAUUGAGAGAAGACUGUCGGCACUCUGCUGCAGCACUGCAGCUGUGUGAGCAGCAGGCACGUCUGUGGACAGCAUGGGAGCAUGAGGUGAUCCUUGUGGGAUUACAGCUCGGUUCUGUCACCCAUCCCAGGGAACUGCGGUGACUGCCAAAGAACAAGCAGCAACUUCAGAAGGAAAAACAACACAAAACUACUACAUGUUUGUAGAAAACCUGCCUUAUUGGAGAAGUCACUCCCCCCUUCCUUUUUCUUUAUAGAAACAGAAGCAAAAGAGUAUUGCACAUGGCUCGAGUUUGAACCUGGAAAAUAAAUGUACCUUAGAACUAGCAUCAUAAGUACAGUUAUUCUUAUGGAUAAGUAAACAAGAAACAAAGUGAGUGGCUUCACUCAGCUCUCUGAGCAAUAUGUGAAAUUCCAUGUUUUGCUAAGGCAUAUGCAAGCAAGAGAGCAUACAGCUCAUCCAGACAGUUUGAGGUUUGGGGUAAGGUUGUCUGAAUCUGAGCAUGCUUUUAAACAGCUCAGGAGGAAGAGUCUUAAGAAGAAGCAAAAGGUGACUCUUGGAUGAAUUGUGAAACCUUCAACUUGAUCUAAUGUGGACAUACAUUAAUCUUCCAAAAUCUUUCAUAUUGCACUAAUUUAUUAAAAUAAUAUGUAUUGGAUUUUGCAGUUUAAAACUAACUGAGGCACAAUGGACUUGUUUAAAAUAUUUUACUUGAUUAUAUACAUAUGCCCUUUUCAGAAUUCAUGUGUAAUCUCCAUUUAACUUUUAAAUGGUCAGAACUUGCAUUCAUGUGAACCUUUGCAUUUUUCUUACCUGUUAUCUUCACCAACAGAUCUUCUCAGUGGUAUUUUGAGUUGCUGGUUGUUUGCAUUUUUUUGUUGUGCAUGCAGAAUGUGCAUCGAUACCUGUGACCUAGGUUUAUUAAAGGCUAAGUUUAUUUGGGCAGUAUUAGAAAGCUAUCAUGAAUCAAGAGGUACUCUUGAUAAUUUCAAUAGGGCCAAAUCAAAGUGAUGAAUAAAGGCUUGUUAGUGAUGUGGAAUUUCUACAUGAAAUUAGUAAGAAAUGAGGUUUGUUUUCCCUUAGAAAAAUGGGCAGCUCUCUGCAGACUAAUGUACUUCUCAGUGUUAAUCCUGACAGUUCACCAUCAACAUCUCUCCGAGAAUGGUUCCUAUGUUGUAUAUUAUUUUAUUUCUUUUACUUACCUGCUUGAAUACUUGAAUAAACCAUUUACUGGUUUUAAUCCUUUUUUUUUUCCAGUCCUUUCACAUAAUAACCUGCACUCUGAUAGCUGAGCAGAAGCCCUUUGGCAUCACACUUAAUUCAGUGUGCUGAUUAAAGUUAACAGAGAAAACAUGGUUUUCAUUUACUUGGUGGACAAAGUAAUGUAACUUUUACAUUAUUUAUCUGUAUGAAAUUCCAGUAGUUAAUUUGAACAUUUAUUUAUAAGAUGUUUGUAGUUUUAGGUCUUUAUUACAGUGUUUCUACCUCUCAUUUGUAACUGCAUGCAUUAUUCUUCAAACUAGCUAAAACUCACUGAAUCAUUGUGUAAUAGCCUUUUUUAAAUUGCUUGUACAAAUGUAUAUUAAGGUUAAAUAAAACUGACAGUGUUUUUAGGUUAUAGUUGGGUUAGUAUUAAGUGGCUUGUCAAGCCAGAUGCUUCCUUAGAGAAUGGGUUGGAAACUUGGUCAUCAAUAUCCUUUGUCCUGCUCCAGCAUUCAAGACUCUUGGUGGCUGUCAUGCAGGCUCCUGCAGGCGCACUAUACUCCCUCCUUAUAUUAGUGAUUAAAUGUCUUAUGUAAUUUUUUACACUGAAUUCUUUCAUGUUCUCUUCAUUAUCCUGUUUAUCUCAGUUCGUUUUCUAAGUAGGUAGAUUUAGCCUCCUCUUCUACCACUUCUUAAAAAUACAGUAUGAACAGGUUGGGAGAGGGUAAGGGUGUGCAGUAGGAGCUAGCCACGUGUUGAGACUGCACUGUAGCGCUCAAGCUCUUGUACGACAAAUGUCUUGUAGGUGGUGUGCGGUGACAGCGCAGCAGCAGAGAACACGCUGUAAACUCACGUGUAAUGGUUCAGGUUACACUACCAUUUUCAAGGCUAAUUGUUUAGAGAGAUUUUUGCCUUGAUUACAGCAAUAAUAAAUAAAUGCUUUAUGUUUCUGUAUUUUA